GCCGCUGCCGUGCCCCGAGUUCCCUGGAAGGAAGACUCCGGCCCCGUGGCCCUGCACUGGCUGACGGGCUGUCCAGGGUUUGGGGCAGAGAGAUGGCCAGCCCUACCUGGAGAUGCUGCCAGGGAUCGAACCCGGGACCUUCUUCAUUCGAAGCAGAUGUUCGGCUGCUGAGCUGCGGCCCUUCCCAAAUGCAUCACUGUAAGCGCUACCGCUCCCCAGAGCAGGAGCCCUACAUGAGCCACAGGUGGAAGAGGAGGCGGUCUUGCAGCAGGGAGCAACAUGAUGGAAGAACACGAUACCCAGUUCGCCGGGAUCUGUCAAGGAGGUCACGGUCUAGAAGCCAUGACAGAAUGCCCUACCAGAGAAGAUACAGAGACAGAGAUGACAGUGAUGUCUACAGGUUUGAAGAGCGGAGCUCAUCUUUUGGAGAAGACUAUUACGCUGCACGCCGUUCACGGCACCACCGGAGAUCUCGAGACAGAGAGCGCCACCGGACAAGGAAGCACCAGCAUCACUGCCGAAAACGCAGGACCAGGUCUUGUAGCAGUACCUCCUCGAGAAGCCAACAGAGCAAUAAGCGCAGCAGGAGCGUGGAAGAUGACAAAGAAGGUCACCUGGUGUGCAGGAUCGGCGAUUGGCUCCAUGAGCGAUAUGAAAUUGUGGGGAGCCUGGGCGAAGGCACAUUUGGCAAAGUUGUGGAGUGUGUGGACCAUGCCAGAGGCAAGUCUCUGGUAGCUCUGAAAAUUAUUCGAAAUGUUGGCAAAUACCGUGAAGCGGCCAGACUAGAAAUUAACGUCCUAAAGAAAAUUAAAGAAAAAGACAAAGAAAAUAAACAAUGCUUUCAACAGGGCUUCCACUCUCAGACUCAUGGAUUUUCAAGCAGGCCCAGCCUGUGUGUCCUGAUGUCGGAUUGGUUCAACUUCCAUGGUCACAUGUGCAUUGCUUUUGAACUCCUGGGCAAGAACACAUUUGAAUUCUUGAAGGAGAAUAACUUCCAGCCAUACCCUCUCUCCCAUAUCCGACACAUGGCCUACCAGCUGUGCCAUGCCUUGAAGUUUCUUCAUGACAACCAGCUAACUCACACUGACCUCAAACCUGAAAACAUACUGUUUGUAAACUCAGAAUUUGAUACCUUGUACAACGAGAAAAAGAGCUGCGAGGAAAAGUCUAUCAGAAACACGUGCAUCCGUGUAGCGGACUUUGGGAGUGCCACGUUUGAUCAUGAGCAUCACACCACUAUUGUGGCCACUCGGCAUUAUCGCCCACCAGAAGUGAUCUUGGAGCUGGGUUGGUCACAGCCGUGUGACGUCUGGAGCAUCGGCUGCAUCCUCUUCGAGUACUACCGUGGAUUCACACUCUUUCAGACUCAUGAGAAUAGAGAGCAUCUUGUGAUGAUGGAGAAGAUCCUUGGCCCAAUCCCACAGCAUAUGAUCCGCAAAACACGGAAACAAAAGUAUUUUCACAAGGGAAGUCUGGUAUGGGAUGAGAACACCUCUGAUGGGAGGUAUGUCCAGGAAAACUGCAAACCAUUGCAGACAUACAUGCUGCACGAUUCUGCUGAGCACAUGCAGCUGUUCAGUCUGAUGAGGCAAAUGUUAGCGUUUGAUCCUGCCCAGCGGAUCACGUUUGGCGAAGCCCUGCUCCACCCGUUCUUCGCUGGCUUAUCUGCAGAGGAAAGGCGGCUUAGUUGCCGAGAUUCAAACCGGGACCUGAGCAGAUGACAGAUGGGGAUCAUGGAGAUUCCUGCAGGAUGUGUACAUACUCCAAGACUGGCCUGACAUUUAUUGUGGAGACUCCAGAGACCCUUCUGUAGCAGUGUUCCAAGGGGUUGGUGCAAUGUCAGGUGGACCCUGGGCCUGGGUGGGGGGGAGACAGCAACCCAAAAGCACAGAUUUGUCUCAUAUAUUUAUAUGUUGUAAAGUUCAAAUAAAGUGUUUCAUAUUGUUUGAUAAUUUACUUGUAUGACUGUGUCCAGCUAUUUUUGCUCCCUGCCCUACUGAAUUUUUCUGUUAACAAUAAAAUAGUGGUUUUAUAGCUUGCCACCAAUCUCU